CCCCGGAAACCCAACGGAGAGGCCUUGGAAACCGACCGCAGCUGCCAUAGAGCGGAGGAGAGAGAGAGAAAAGAGAGAGAAAGAAGGGCCGGCAAGUGCCGUCCCAGCCAAUGGCGGCGCGCUCCCUUUUGAAUGCGGCGGCGCCUCUUCCCGGAGAGGCUGCUUCGAACGGAGGGGGCGGGGAAAGGCCCCUUCCCGCGCGCCGAUUGGCCAGCGCCCGCAGAGGAGUUAAAGAGCCGUCGCCGCGGCAGGAAGCGUUGGUUGGCAGGUCCGGUGCCCGGCGAAUGACGGCCCCGCCGGAGAGGCUGACCGGAGGAGCCGGGAUGCAGCGGCGGGCGCCGCCCGAGACUCCCGGCCGCGUGGAGAAUCCCUUCGAGAGUCCCGGCGACGUCCGCCGCUUGCAGGAGCAGACAGUCUGCAGCCCCAGCGCCUUCCGCGCCACCCCGCCCGCGGGGAGCCCCGGGAGAUUCAUGUGGUCCAUUGACGAGCUGGCCCUGAUGGACCCAGUAGAGAUCAACUCGGAGGACAUCCACCGCCAGGCCUUCUACCUCAGCCAGAGCAGGAUCGACAGGGAGGUUGAGGAGCAGAGGCAAAAGGCCAUCGAAGAGUUUUUCACCAAAAGCACUAUUGUCCCAUCACCCUGGACCGAUCCCAUCGGGAAACAGGCCUCUCAACUGAAUUCAACCAGAUGUGUUGAUCUCAACGAUGCUUCGCCAGUCGGCCGAGAAAUAGUCGUGCAGCCCGGGAAAAAUAAUGCUGCUUGUCAGACUGUGUUAUCUCUACCUGUGGAUUUUGAUUUGGAAAAGAUUCUGGGUGACCAUUUCAAAGCUGAGGAAUCGGCUGAUCAGUCUCAGGAGAGCCUAAGCACUUCGUCCUUGAGGAGAAAGCUCUUUUUGGACGAGAAUGGCAGCCUCUCCUCCGAGAACGUCUCCCCUUCUCCCAGCUUGCGCAACAGUCCAGCCUCCCUGGGAGUCCUCUGCUCCAUCGAUCUCUCUCCUGUCCGCUGCAGGAGCCCUCUGAGUUCUUCCAGCUCGGGCCAACUCUCCUCCAGCCCCAUCCGGGGGAAUGCCAGGACGUACAGUUUGGGCAGCCUUCCUAGUCCUUCCUUGGCGUCCCCCAUUUUCUCUCCGGUUGGCAUCCAGCUAAGAAAGACUCCGCUGGCAGAUCAAAGGCAGUUCACUUUUCGCUCUCCGGAUCUUCCGUCCGUUUCCAACGCCUGCCGUCAGGCGCCUACCAGCGGCAGGAGUCCCUAUGUGGAAUGCUCUCCGUUAAGGAGUCUCUCGCCCGCGAGGCUCCUCUCCUCCUCCUACUGGGGGGCUGCACUGUAUCAGAGUUCCCUUCUCCGCCUCCCUUGCACCCCGGAGAACUUCCAGGAAGAGCUGGCAGAAGCAGCGGAGGCCACGUCGGUGGAGAGUCCCAGGGCGGGCCUGACCCCUGUAAAUGAAGAUAUCCCUUCAGCUGGGUCCCACUUUGAGAUGGCUGCUGUGUCUCCCUCACUGGACCUCCCUGAGACCUGCCCCAAAGGGUUGGCACCCAAGCCCUGCUUGGACUCUCCCAGGAAGGAAAGGACGGUGGAAAUGGCCGAUCCGGAGAUGCUGGAUGAGAACUCGGUGAAGGGAUCGGCUGAAUGUGACCAGGGGGCCAUGGCUGGACUGAGCAUGGAGGGUUCUUGUAUCUGCAUGGCUCCUUUGGCGGAAAGCAGUGCCUCUCCCUGCGACAGCAGCAGUCUGCAGAUGGACAGUGGUUACAAUACCCAGGCUCACACCAGCAGCCUCAUGGAUACCGCUGGAAGCGAACUCAGCUGCCGAGAGCAUGGCGCAUUUGAGGCUCAGAGGAAACCCCAAAUUUCCAGAACGAAGCAGGGAAAAUGGAUACUGGGCUGAAACUGCUUGUCGAUCCAGCAGUCUCUUCCUGGAAGUGCCUUUGUCAAAAUGAUCCGAGCCUGGCGUAGUUCUGCUUCCACUGGGAUUGACAGAGAGGCCAUCCACCAGAGAGCUGAAUGCCUGUUCUGACAGAUAUAUUGACAGUGGACUGGUUCAGCUGCCUUCCUGCAGCCGAAGAGAAAUUGAACCCAGAGGUGAUCUGCCUGGCCAUAACCCCCAAACUGGCACUGGGAUGUUGUGAGCUAUAGGUUUGUGCACUUAGAUUCUCACAAAGACUCUGUUGGGGUUGGGAGGCUGGUGCUAUAUGCCAGGGGUCUUCAAACUUGGCAACUUUAAGACUUGUGGACUUCAACUCCCAGGGCUGGCUGAGGAAUUCUGGGAGUUGAAGUCCACAAGUCUUAAAGUUGCCAAGUUUGAAGACCCCUGCUGUAUGCCCUCUACACGGCUGCCUGCAUUGAUCCUUGGUCUACCCAGGUACAGCCAGUCGUUUCUUAAUGUGCCAAUCAUGGGCUCACUUCACCAGGCAGGGGCUGGCUUACGCGAGCAUUGCCAACGCACAAAUAGAUGCCCUGGUCUUAAACUUAGUGGACGUUAACUGCUUGGGAUUAGGUAUCACCAACAUGCCGAAGGGUGUGGAGGAGCAAUAGAUAUUAUCUUGUUUUCUGUGAAAAUUAAUUCCGUUUGUUUAAAAGAAAACUCUCACAUCUUGAUUAUGCUAAUUGCAUCCCAGACCGAUGAAUUUUUAAUAAAGUGGUUGUGCUUUUU